AAAGUAAUACUUUGUUAGUUUUGUCAAAGCUCGCAGUUAAGUUACUCCACUAUUCGGAUAAAGUCACAUUACAAAUCUGAUAAGUAACAUUUUGAUUUUGUAAUUGUUUAAAGCGUUUCAACUUUAAGGCACAUUCAUAUUGCGUCGUAGUAAAAUGGUGACCUUACAACAUUUGAGACCGAAUUACAUGGUUAAAUUGUUGAUUAUUGUCGGAAUAAUUCAACAUACGUAUGCAAGUAGUUGUCCGGUUGUAAAACAAGAAAAUGGAUUUUUUGUGCCAAAAUUACGGGAUGGAGAAAAUAGAGAAACAAUAAUACCGUCUAUGAAGCCAGCCAAGCCGACCGACUUGAAUGACAUAUCACUAACUGCGCGACCUAUUCCAUUAGUAGAUGCAUUAACAUGUGCCGAAUUUCUUAUAUCUCCGAUUGUAACUGACCUCUUGAAUCCACAGAAAAUGAAUUUGUCGGAGAACAGUAUGUCAGUUAUAACGAAUACAAACGGCGGUGGAAUACUUCAAUUUGGCGCUUUAAAAAUUGUGAAAAGUUUCCAAGCAUUUCAUGCAUUACAAGUGAUUAGCGAAAUAACGCCUGGCGGUGCCGAGACACGAAAACCCGUUUCAGCAUAUUGGCUGCCGCAAGGAGGAUACGUCGAUAUUCCGACCAUACCCACAGAUGAUGAUCCAAAAUUUGUAUUUACAGUGGCACUGAAUGGCGGUAGCCUAGCCGCUGAUGUACACAAUUCGACGACGCUUCGGAUUCAUCAUGUGGCCGGCGGCAAAGAGAAUAAUGAAAAUGAAAACAAAGGUGAUGAGGAACAUGGUUAUUUAAAUGCAUUCGGAAUGGCCGGACGAUUGUUGCAUUCGGAUUAUGGUUUUCAUGUGAACGUUGAUACUUGUAAAUAUGUUGAAAAUGGUAGAGCAUUUGCUUUCAUUAAGUUUGAUAGUGAAAUUCAACAUUGGGUGCUUACAUACCAAGCAAUAUUACAUAAUCCGGUGAUCAAUGAAAUAAGCUUUGCCCAACGAAAUAAUUGGAAGGUCAAAACACAAUUUUCGUCGACAACACGGAUCGUUAUGGUUGACAGCAAAAUAUUGGGAACGAACGCAGAUCACAACGGAAAGACGGCGGAAAAUCGAUGCUUUUAUGGAAAAAUUUGAAUACCGAUUUUUAUUUUCUUUAUUAUUAUAGUUCAUAUUAAUAAAAGAACGAGUAAUUUUAUGAAUUUUAAUAACUACAAGAUCAAUAUUGCUAUUUUAAA